AUGAACACGCUGUCAGUCCGCGCCUUCAUACCGCCCCUGACACGGCGGGGGCUGCCUCUCCGCGCAGCUCGCUGCUAUGCCGUCCAGGCCCCCGGCGCGCCCGCCAUGGACAUCUUCAGCAACCAGCACAAGUGGAUGCAGAAGGAGCGCGCCGCAGCCAAUGUCGAGGCAAGCCGGAGUGUCGACUACCUGAGGGACGAGGUAGCCUCGCGCUUGUGUGAGCGCAUUCUCGACAUCAAUCGCCACUUCCCCCACGUCCUCGACCUCGGUGCAAACGCAUGCAACGUCGCAAAUGCCCUCACGCAGCCCUCUCCAGACGAGCCCGAAAAGGGCCCGCGGUCGAAGCGUAUCGGCAAGAUGACUGCCGCCGACUCGUCUGCCGCCCUUUUGCAUCGCGACGUCGACCUGCCCUUCAACAAGGAGAUGGACAUUGUGAGAGAGGUCCUGCCGACUUCUGAGCUGCUUCCGUACCAAGCGAAUACUUUCGACGCCGUCUUUAGCAGCCUGAGCCUGCACUGGAUCAACGACCUGCCGUCCGUCCUUGCCCAGGUCAACAACAUCCUCAAGCCGGACAGCCCCUUCAUAUCCGUCAUGAUGGGAGGCGACAGUCUCUACGAGCUUCGCACGUCUCUGCAGUUGGCAGAGCAGGAUCGCCGUGGCGGUGUUGCCACGCACGUCUCACCUCUGGCGGACGUCAAGGACGUCGGUGGCCUGCUGCAAAAGGCCGGCUUCAACCUCCUCACCGUCGAUGUCGACGACAUCAUUGUCGACUACCCAGACACCUUUGCCCUCAUGAAGGACCUGCAGGCCAUGGGCGAGUCCAACGCAGUCUUGACCCGCGAGAAGGGUGGGAUGCACAAAGACGUGCUCUUGGCUACCGACGCCAUCUACCGAUCCUUGCACGGAAACGACGACGGCUCUCUUCCAGCUACCUUUCGUUUGAUCUACAUGAUUGGCUGGAAGCACAGCCCUGAUCAAGCGAAGCCCCUCGACAGAGGCACCGGGAUGUUCAGCAUCAAAGACUACCUCGAGACGAACGGCGAGGGAGGGGGAGGGAAGAAGUAA